CACUUCUCCUGAAGUGAAAGUGAAAGUUAGUCUAGAAACAUUCAACUGAAUCCAGCAGCUUCUUCUCAACAACAGAGUCUCUGACAAACUCUGAGUGUAGAUAUGUCUGCUGCCAGCUGUCUGCUGACUGAAGAUCAGUUUCUGUGCUCCAUCUGUCUGGAUGUGUUCACUGAUCCAGUCCUCAUACCAUGUGGACAUAACUUCUGUAAAACCUGCAUCACUCAACACUGGAACGUUAAUGUCCAGACUCAGUGUCCAAACUGUAAAGAGGUGUUCAAAUCUAGACCUGAGCUGCGGGUCAAUACUUUCAUCUCUGAGGUGGCUGCUCAGUUCAGACAGUCAGCUCAACAGAAAGCCAGCAGCAGCAGCUCAGGGCAACAAGCUGCCAAACCAGGAGAAGUUCCCUGUGACGUCUGCACUGGAACCAAACUGAAGGCCCUGAAGUCCUGCCUGGUGUGUCUGGUCUCCUACUGUGAGACUCACCUGGAGCCUCAUCUGACAAUGUCAGGUCUGAAAAGACAUCAGCUGAUCGACCCUGUGGAGAACCUGGAAGACAGGAUGUGUACGAAGCACGAUAAACUGCUGGAGCUGUUCUGUAAGACCGACCAGAUGUGUGUCUGCAUGCUCUGCACUUAUUCAGAUCACAAGACACAUGAUGUUGUUCCUUUGAAAGAAGAAUAUGAAGGAAAGAAAGCCGAGCUGGGGAAGACUGAGACUGAAAUCCAGCAGAUGAUCCAGAAGAGACGACUGAAGAUUGAUGAGAUCAAACACUCAGUGGAGCUCAGUGAGGAAGAUGCAGACAGAGAGAUAGCAGAUGGUGUUCAGGUCUUCACCGCUCUGAAGGAGUCUGUUGAGAGAAGCCAGGCCGAGCUCAUCCACACGAUCAAAGAGAAGCAGAGAAAGACAGAGAAACAGGCUGAAGGCUUCAUCAAAGAGCUGGAAAAGGAAAUCUCUGAGCUGAAGAAGAGAAGCACUGAGGUAGAGCAGCUCUCCUGCUCUGAAGACCACCUCCACCUCCUCCAGAGCUUCAGGACCCUGAACACUGCUCCACCCACCAAGGACUGGACAGGAGUCAGAGUCAGUCCACCUUCACAUGAGGGGACUGUGAGGAGAGCUGUGAAUCAGCUGGAGGAGACGCUCAGUAAACAGAUGAAGAAGCUGUUUGAGGCCGAGCUGAAGAGGGUCCAGCAGUCUGCAGUAGAUGUGACACUUGAUCCUGAUACAGCAAAUCCCUGGCUGAUCCUGUCUGAUGAUGGAAACCAAGUUAAAUGUGGUGAUGUACAGAAGAAUCUCCCAGACAAUCCAAAGAGAUUUGAUUCUUGUGUUUGUGUUUUAGCAAAGCAGAGUUUCUCUUCAGGAAGAUUUUACUACGAGGUUCAGGUUGAAGGGAAGACUGAGUGGGAUUUAGGAGUGGCCAGAGAAUCGAUCAACAGGAAGGGACACAUCACACUGAGCCCUCAGAAAGGUUACUGGACGAUAUGGUUGAGGAAUGUGAAUGAGUACAAAGCUUGUGUUGGUCCAUCAAUCUGUCUCUCUCUGAAGUCUCAGCCUCAGAAGGUGGGGGUGUUUGUGGACUAUGAGGAGGGUCUGGUCUCCUUUUAUGACGUUAAGUCUGCAGCUCUUAUCUACUCCUUUACUGGCUGCUGCUUCACUGAGAAACUCUACCCAUACUUUGGUCCAUUUCUUAAUAAUAAUGGUAAAAACUCUGCUCCUCUGAUCAUCUCUCCUAUCAAUCACACUGAGUAGAACAAACACUUGAUUUUCUACAGAGAAACUCUUUCAUUUAAUGUAACAAAUCUAUAUUAUUGGUGAUUUACGGUGUAAACGUUAUUGAUUCUUCACAUUAUGAUCAAUGUUUUUUCUAUUUGUCUGUAAAUGUAUUUCUACUCUAACACACAGACAUUGAGCCACUGAUUGAUAUUAUCUAAUGUAGUCUAAUUCAUUCUAAUAACUGCAUAACCUGCCUUCAAGACUGUUGAAUCAUCAAAAACAAUGUACUCAGGAAUAAGAAGCAUUUGCACAUUCCUAAAAUAUCUUGGUGCCAAAUGAAAAUGUUUAAUAUCUGAUUAUUGUAAAUAUAAUACAUUAUGAUUACUGGCUCAAAUUAUUGGAGAAAGUCAUGAAACACUUAUUCAUUAGUUUAAAAAAAGGUGUUUAAGGGUUUUAGUUUCUAUUAUUUUUGAAUGAACAGAAGCAUCAAGAGGUCUCUGUCUGGUGUGUUUUUAGGGGUCAAUGAAAGAUGAAUUAUUUAUUUAUAUUUGUAGAAAAUUAAUCAACAAAAUCUAAUAAAAUAUUCAGCUGCUGUGACCAGAGAAGUAAAGUUUAGUAUUUUGUUAUUUGUAUUUCAUACAGUCGUCCUCUCUGCAGAAUGUUUUAUAGCUGGAAUAAAGUGAACAAAUCCUCAACAGAAUAAAAACAAAGACACUUUGCACUG